GCUGUUUCAGCCCGCCUCCGAGUUCUGUCAUGGCGGCGUCCGGUUCUCUAAUCUGUGCGAAGGGACGGGAUGCUAGGGUUUUUGUCGGCGCGACAAACGGGUUUGGACGACCCUCUUCGCCUCCAGAGAGCGGAGUCCACACGGAGGGUUUGGGGACUGGAGUUAAACAAAGACAGAGAUGUUGAAAGGAUCCAUGGCAGUGGAGUUAACACCCUUGAUAUUGAACCUAUUGAAGGAAGAUACAUGUUAUCAGGUGGCUCAGAUGGUGUGAUUGUGCUUUAUGAUCUUGAGAACUCCAGCAGACAACCUUAUUACACAUGUAAAGCAGUGUGUUCCGUUGGCAGAAACCAUCCUGAUGUUCACAAAUACAGUGUGGAGACUGUACAGUGGUAUCCUCAUGACACUGGCAUGUUCACAUCAAGCUCAUUUGAUAAAACUCUGAAAGUAUGGGAUACAAAUACGUUACAAACUGCAGAUGUGUUUAAUUUUGAAGAAACAGUUUAUAGUCAUCAUAUGUCUCCAGUCGCCACGAAGCACUGUUUGGUAGCAGUUGGUACUAGAGGACCCAAAGUACAACUUUGUGACUUGAAGUCUGGAUCCUGUUCCCACAUUCUACAGGGUCACAGACAAGAAAUAUUAGCAGUUUCCUGGUCACCACGUUAUGAAUAUAUCUUGGCAACUGCAAGUGCUGACAGUAGAGCAAAAUUAUGGGAUGUGAGGAGAGCAUCAGGAUGUUUGAUUACGCUUGAUCAGCAUAAUGGGAAAAGGUCACAAGCUGUUGAAUCAGCAAACACUGCUCAUAAUGGAAAAGUUAAUGGCUUAUGUUUUACAAGUGAUGGGCUUCAUCUCCUCACUGUUGGUACAGAUAAUCGAAUGAGGCUCUGGAAUAGUUCCAAUGGAGAAAACACACUAGUGAACUAUGGAAAAGUUUACAAUGACAGUAGAAAAGGAUUGAAAUUCACUGUCUCCUGUGGCUGCAGUUCAGAAUUUGUUUUUGUACCAUAUGGUAGCACCAUUGCUGUUUAUUCAGUUUACUCAGGAGAACAGAUAACUAUGCUUAAGGGACAUUAUAAAAGUGUUGACUGCUGUGUAUUUCAGUCUAAUUUCCAGGAGCUGUACAGUGGUGGCCGAGACUGCAAUAUUCUUGCUUGGGUACCAUCCUUAUAUGAACCAGUUCCUGACAAUGAUGAUGAGACUACAACCAAAUCACAAUUAAAUCCAGCAUUUGAAGAUGCCUGGAGCAGCAGUGAUGAGGAAGGAUAAAUAUCAAUUCUUAGUGCCUUUUUGUCUCUAUUGAUGAAACUUUUUUAAAACAGGACUGUUUUGUUUUAUUUUUUCAAUUGUCCAGUGACAGCUAAAUUAGCCCUGAAUCUGUAUGACUUUCCAUUUAUUUUAAAAUGAGGUUAGUAAUUUCAUGAAAUCCUGUAACAGAGUUCUAUGUACUUUACUUAAUCAGAACAUGUCUCCUUGAUCCAGAUGCUGUGGCCUGCUGCAGCCCCUACAGCUGCAGUACAAGGGGACAGAUCAUGGCACCUCCUCUGUGGGAACUUGAACAGUUUGUGUGACCGUAAGAUGCAGUCUCAGAGAAUGAGCAAGUAUCGUGAUCAGUGCUGACUUUCUCCUGCUACUGCACCAUCACCUUCCUCAUUUUCACUUUCAAGAAUGAUUUUACUGAGGAUCAUAUCAAAAAUUAUAGUUGAAAAGUUAGCACCAACUUUUUUAAUUCUUUCUUAUUUGUGUAUUAGUUUUUGCAAUGAUUUCAUUUAUUUGACCAUUGUCUAGCUUUGUGUUAAGUUUUUUUGAAUUUGGUGCCUUCCACAAUCUGAAAAGGAAGAGGUUUUUAACUUGGGGAAAAUUCCAUGUUUCCUUUAUUUUACUGUCAGCAGCUUGAACUGCUUUUCUAUGAAUCUGGUUAAGAUGUGACUAAGUCCUCCUUCAUUCAUCAAAGCAGAAGAUAUCCUGGCAGGAGAUCUGUCUUAAACAUGAAAUGUCACAAAAA